CAGCCGGGCGGCGGGCCGGGGCUCUCCUCCCAGCCGAGCACUGGGUCCUGGCAGACGCCCCAAGAUUGUUGUGAGGAGUCUAGCCAGUUGGUGAGCUCUGUAAUCUGAACCAGCUGUGUCCAGACUGAGGCCCCAUUUGCAUUGUUUAACAUACUUAGAAAAUGAAGUGUUCAUUUUUAAAAUUCCUCCUCCAAUUGGUUUAAUGCUGAAUUACUGAAAAGGGCUAAGCAAAACCAGGUGCUUUCUCUGUGGGCUCUCCAGUGGCUCGGAGGACCCAGGCUCUCCCCUUGUCCUCCCCACGACUGGUUCGUCCCCCUGGAAUAAAGUACCGGCGAGCCCCAAGGGCCCAGAGGGAGCCGAAGUUCACGGCCGGCUCCGAGGUCCCGGCGCUGCCAGCUCUUUUUCUUUUCCCCUUUGCCGCCCCUGCUCACACAUCUUGGACAUGCCAGGAUUAAAAAGGAUACUCACCAUUACCAUUCUGGCUCUCUGUCUUCCGAGUCCUGGGAAUGCACAGCAACAAUGCACUAACGGCUUCGAUCUGGACCGUUCGUCAGGACAGUGUUUAGAUAUUGACGAAUGCCGGACCAUCCCUGAGGCCUGCCGAGGAGACAUGAUGUGUGUUAACCAAAAUGGCGGGUAUUUAUGCAUCCCCCGCACAAACCCAGUGUACCGAGGGCCCUACUCGAAUCCCUACUCGAACCCCUACUCAGGUCCAUACCCAGCAGCGGCCCCACCGCUCUCCGCUCCAAACUACCCCACGAUUUCGAGGCCUCUCAUCUGCCGCUUGGGAUACCAGAUGGAUGAAGGCAACCAGUGUGUGGAUGUGGACGAGUGUGCAACGGAUUCUCACCAGUGCCACCCUACCCAGAUCUGCAUCAACACGGAAGGAGGAUACACCUGUUCCUGCACCGAUGGCUAUUGGCUUCUGGAAGGCCAGUGCUUAGACAUUGAUGAAUGUCGCUAUGGCUACUGCCAGCAACUUUGUGCAAAUGUUCCUGGAUCCUAUUCCUGCACCUGCAACCCUGGUUUUACCCUCAACGAGGAUGGAAGGUCUUGCCAAGAUGUGAACGAGUGUACCACUGAGAACCCCUGCGUGCAAACCUGUGUCAACACCUACGGCUCUUUCAUCUGCCGCUGUGACCCAGGAUAUGAACUUGAGGAUGACGGUGUUCAUUGCAGUGAUAUGGAUGAGUGCAGCCUCUCUGAGUUCCUCUGCCAACACGAGUGUGUGAACCAGCCCGGCACGUACUUCUGCUCCUGUCCCCCUGGCUACAUUCUGUUGGACGACAACCGAAGCUGCCAGGAUAUCAACGAGUGUGAGCAUGGAAACCACACGUGUAACCUGCAGCAGACUUGCUACAAUUUGCAGGGGGGCUUCAAGUGCAUUGACCCCAUCCGCUGUGAGGAGCCUUAUCUGCGGAUCAGCGAUAACCGCUGUAUGUGUCCUGCUGAGAAUCCUGGCUGCAGAGACCAACCCUUCACCAUCCUGUACCGGGAUAUGGAUGUGGUGUCAGGACGCUCUGUUCCUGCCGACAUCUUCCAAAUGCAAGCCACCACCCGCUACCCUGGGGCGUAUUACAUCUUCCAGAUCAAGUCUGGGAACGAGGGCAGAGAAUUCUAUAUGCGGCAAACGGGUCCCAUCAGUGCCACCCUGGUGAUGACACGCCCCAUCAAAGGGCCCCGGGACAUACAGCUGGACUUGGAAAUGAUCACUGUCAACACCGUCAUCAACUUCAGAGGCAGCUCUGUGAUCCGACUGCGGAUAUACGUGUCCCAGUACCCGUUCUGAGCCCCGGGCUGGGGGGGCCACUGACACUGUCUCUCAGCAGCCCCAAGGGACAGGAGAAGAGAAGAAACAAGAGGGAGAGUAAAGUGGGACAGAUGUUACGCUUUUCUUGCGGACCGUCUCCCGAGGAGUUGGCCCCGAUGUCCUGACCCUGCCUGUAUCGUGGUAGACCCAUCACUCUGAAGGACAUGCUUCCCCAGUUCUUAUGACGCAGUUAUUGGAAAGUAUUAUUGGCACCCUGACCUGAGAUCAACGGUGAUUUUUCAAGGCCUUCAGUUUCUUUUCAUAUUUUUCAAGGGAAAUAGAUUAGGCUCGCUGGGGUCUGAGUCCAUGUUCAAAGACUGUGAAAGGCUUGCGGUCACCUCUUCAUGGCUUCUGUCUCUUGCUGAUCCGCUGAUUGCUUCUUUGCCGAGGCCCCCUGGCUGCAGCUAGUUCGCUUCUUGUAUGCACGGAGAAGGCUAUGGAAAGAAACCCCAGCAGGAUCUAAGGGUUUUUAAAGAGUCUAUUUCAAAACCAAGUGUGGCAUUUUCAGCCAUAAAAGAAGUUUUUGUUGUCCUCAAAUUUGUAUAACUGUUUAAUCCUUUCUUGAGCAUUUUGAGUAUUUUUUAAAAAUUAAGCGGUAGAAUUCCUUAAAAAGGCCUUAAGACACAUGUUCUGUUCUGACUUCCCAAACCCAGUCUCCUCUCCCUUUUACCCCAGUGUUUUCUUUGAGGACCCCUUGAUCACGCUUUCUUUAGAAUUUUUACCCAACUGGGUUGGAAGGCAGAGGUCUCUAAACUGAUUAAAUAUUUGAAGAGA